CCCGUCAACGUUUUCCAUGUCUCCAGUCCAUGCGGCUUUUGCAGCCAUCGCCAUCCGUAAUUCUGCCCUCCUGCCUUCUUCUCCUCUUUUCUUUUUUUUUUUUGCUUUUGCUCGCUGUCCCUCUCCGUCUCCUGUUCUCCUUUUAAUUCCCGCAUUGCGUUGGGGCCUCCUCCAACACGCACAUCGAACUUAGAGACUUACUCCGCCAACUCUUUAGCUCGUCCCUGCUGAACCGUGGGCGGCGAUAUAUUUUUUUCUUUUCCCCUCUGGAAGUGCCACGCGACAAACCCUGUCGCCCUAGUGGACGACUGCGUCGUCUGCUUGCUUGUUUGCGCAAGUGAUUUUUUGUCAACCUUAUUUUCCUCCCUCGUCCAAGAACGAUGCUCCGUAGUUCUCUGUUUAAGGCGGGCAGCCGCGCGGCGCGAUGUGCCUCCUCUCCCUCGGCCGCGAUUCCCUCAAGAUGCCUCUCCGCCGGCCUCGCCCGACCUUCGACUGCGCCCGCCGGCGCGCUCUCGCCGGGCCGUCGCCCACUAGCCGUCGCCUCCUCGAGGCGCUUCGCGAGCGCCCUCUCGAGCCCUCCCGAUGCCAACGACAACUUCCUAUCGGGCAACACGGCAAACUACAUCGAUGAGAUGUACAUGGAGUGGAAGCGCGACCCCCAGAGCGUUCACGUCUCGUGGCAGGUCUACUUCAAGAACAUGGAGUCGGGCGAUAUGCCCAUCUCACAAGCCUUCACCCCUCCGCCAUCGUUGGUCCCCGGCGCUACCGGUGGUGUCCCUGGAUUUGCCGGAAACCCGGGCAUGGGCUUCGACCAAGGCUCUGACGUAGCCAACCACCUCAAGGUGCAGCUGCUCGUUCGCGCAUACCAGGCCCGUGGCCACCACAAGGCCAACAUCGACCCCCUUGGCAUUCGCAAUGACUCCAAGGGCUUUGGAAACAUCAAGCCGAAGGAGCUCGCACUUGAACACUACCAGUUUACCGAGAAGGACCUCGACACCGAGUACACUCUCGGCCCCGGUAUCCUGCCCCGCUUCAAGAAGGACGGCCGUGAGAAGAUGACGCUCCGCGAGAUUGUGGCCGCAUGCGAAAAGAUCUACUGCGGCUCCUACGGCGUCGAGUUCAUUCACAUUCCCGAUCGCGAAAAGUGCGACUGGCUCCGCGAGCGCAUCGAGACCCCGCAACCCUUCAAAUACUCGAUAGACGAGAAGCGCCGCAUCCUCGACCGCCUUAUCUGGAGUUCAAGUUUCGAGGCCUUCCUGGCCACAAAGUACCCCAACGAUAAGCGUUUCGGUCUGGAGGGAUGCGAAACCCUUGUUCCUGGCAUGAAGGCUCUGAUCGACCGCAGCGUCGACUACGGGGUGAAGGAUAUCGUCAUUGGCAUGCCCCACCGCGGUCGUCUCAACGUGCUCAGCAACGUUGUCCGCAAGCCCAACGAGUCUAUCUUCAGCGAGUUUGCCGGCACCGCGGGCGCCGAGGAUGAGGGUUCGGGAGACGUCAAGUACCAUCUGGGUAUGAACUUUGAGCGCCCCACCCCCUCGGGCAAGCGCGUGCAACUAUCCCUUGUGGCCAACCCCUCGCAUCUCGAGGCCGAGGAUCCUGUCGUGCUCGGAAAGACGCGUGCCAUCCAGCACUACAACAAUGACGAGACCACUCACCGCACCGCCAUGGGUGUCCUCCUCCAUGGUGACGCGGCCAUCGCCGGCCAGGGUGUCGUGUAUGAGUGCCUGGGCUUCCACUCGCUGCCUGGCUACUCCACGGGUGGCACCGUUCACCUCGUUGUCAACAACCAGAUCGGCUUCACCACCGACCCCCGCUUCUCUCGCUCGACAGCCUACUGCACCGACAUUGCCAAGGCCAUCGACGCCCCCGUGUUCCAUGUCAACGCCGACGACGUCGAGGCGGUCAACUACGUGUGCCAACUCGCGGCCGACUGGCGCGCUGAAUUCCAGCAGGACGUCAUUAUCGAUCUGAUCUGCUACCGCAAGCACGGGCACAACGAGACCGACCAGCCGUCCUUCACGCAGCCGCUCAUGUACAAGCGCAUCCAGUCGCACGAGCCGCAGAUCGACAUCUACGUCAACCAGCUGCUCAAGGACGGCACUUUCACCAAGGGGGACAUUGAGGAGCACAAGCAAUGGGUCUGGGGCAUGCUCGAGGACAGCUUCUCCAAGUCCAAGGACUACCAACCCACGUCCAAGGAAUGGACCACGUCUGCCUGGAACGGCUUCAAGUCGCCCAAGGAGCUUGCCAGCGAGGUCCUCCCGCAUAGCCCGACGGGCGUCGACAAGCAGACGCUCGAGCACAUCGGCGAGGUCAUUGGCACUGCGCCCGAGGGCUUCAACCUGCACCGAAACCUGAAGCGCAUUCUGACGGCCCGCACCAAGUCGGUGCAUGAGGGCAAGAACAUCGACUGGUCGACGGCUGAAGCGCUGGCCUUUGGAUCUCUGGUGACCGAGGGCCACCACGUGCGCGUGUCGGGUCAGGACGUUGAGCGCGGCACCUUCUCGCAGCGCCAUGCCGUGUUCCACGACCAGGAGAGCGAGGAGACCUACACGCCCCUUCAAAAGAUCAGCAAGGACCAGGGCAAGUUUGUGGUUUCAAACUCGUCGCUCAGCGAGUUUGGCGUCCUCGGGUUCGAGUACGGCUACUCGCUGACGUCGCCCAAUGCGCUGGUCAUGUGGGAGGCUCAGUUUGGCGACUUUGCCAACAACGCACAGUGCAUCAUCGAUCAGUUCGUCGCGUCGGGUGAGGUGAAGUGGAUGCAGCGCACAGGACUGGUCAUGUCCCUGCCCCAUGGUUACGAUGGUCAGGGCCCUGAGCACUCCUCGGGCCGCCUCGAGAGGUAUCUGCAGCUUUGCAACGAGGACCCGCGCGUGUUCCCUGCCGAGGAGAAGCUGCAGCGCCAGCACCAGGACAGCAACAUGCAAAUCGCCUACAUGACCACUCCGGCCAACCUGUUCCACAUUCUGCGCCGCCAGAUGAACAGGCAGUUCAGGAAACCUCUCAUCAUCUUCUUCUCCAAGUCGCUGCUGAGGCACCCGCUGGCGCGCUCCGACAUUGAGGAGUUCACGGGCGACUCGCAGUUCCACUGGAUCAUCCCCGACCCUGCGCAUGAGGCUGGAGCCAUCAAGCCCCACGACGAGAUCGAGCGCGUGAUCCUCUGCUCGGGCCAGGUUUACGCAGCGCUGCACAAGUACCGCGCCGACAACCAGCUCGAUAACGUCGCCAUUACGCGUAUCGAGCAGCUGCACCCUUUCCCGUGGAAGCUGCUGCGCGACAACCUUGACCGGUACCCCAAUGCCAAGACCAUCGUCUGGGCCCAGGAGGAGCCCCUGAACGCCGGCGCCUGGAGCUACACGCAGCCGCGUAUCGAGACCCUGCUGAACCAGACUCAGCACCACGACCGCAAGCACGUCAUGUAUGCUGGCCGCAACCCGAGCGCCUCGGUCGCAACGGGCAUGAAGUCGUCGCACACCAAGGAGGAGCAGGAGCUGCUUGAGAUGGCCUUCAGCGUGAGGCAAGACAAGCUAAAGGGGGAGUAAGAGAGAUGAGGAAAAAGUGGCAGGUGACGCCGCUGGGCGUACCAGUUUGCCACGGUGGCGGAGAUGGCUGAGCGUGUUGUUUGCCAAGGUGUCAUGGUGCCAUCUUAGAUAUUUUCUUGAGUGAUAUAGGGGCGCUGCGUCUUUUUCUGUGUUGCUUGCUUGGCUGGAUUGGCAGGCAGGCAAGUGACUCGCCUUUGUACCCUAAUAGCCGAAACAAAAUAUCAAACACGAGUGAUGACUAGGCAUUGCCUGGGGCCUUUGGCGGGGAAUUGGGUCGGUUGCACCGCACAUCCCAGGGUAGCUUGGCGGAACCAUCGGUCAAGGCGGUCACCAGAUGCGUAUAAUAGAAUAUGUAGUUGUUGUUUAUUCUUGCUUGUAUUCCUAUGAAUAGAGUAUUCAUCGGCCAUCGGCUGCCCGUCUGUUUUAGGUACCCAAACAUGCAACGCCCUUUGGCCCAGUAUCUGC